GUGUCGGGUCUUCUAAUUUGCUUUGUUCAUUUGUGAAUUCAAAUGGCAAUGGUCGACUUCCUCCCAAACAAGAUCAACACGUUAAAGUGGAUAAUAGCUGUCAGUAUACUCAAAUCAAUCAGUACUUAUUGAAGCAAUGCAUCGGUCAGGGAUCGUAUGGAACCGUUCAACUGGCUCACGAUACGCUAAGCAGCGUUGAUUACGCCAUGAAGAUCGUGUCGAGGAAAAAACUGUUACAAAAGGGAGGAUUUUUCGGCCGCUUAGCUCCACAGAGAAAUAAGUUUGGGAGAAGUUCGGGAACAAUUUCGCAUCCGCUUGAUCGCCUCCGUCGAGAAAUAGCCGUUCUCCAAAAAGUGGACCAUCCUAACAUUGUUAAACUGGUAGAAGUGCUAGACGAUCCAGCACAAGAUAGUCUUUACUUGGUGUUCGAAUUACUGGAACUGGGGCCCGUAGCGGACGUCCCGAAUGGAAACCGAAUGGAAGAGACCCAAGCCAGAAAAUACUUUAAUGAUUUACUGUUAGGAAUCCAAUAUCUUCAUCGUAAUCACAUCGUCCACCGCGAUAUUAAGCCCGCUAAUUUGCUUCUUGGUCGUGAUGGUAGAUUACGUAUUGCUGACUUUGGUGUGUGUGCCGAAUUUGAUGGAUCAGAGGACGUGCUAUUAGACAACACUGUCGGAACACCAGCUUUUGUUGCUCCGGAACAAUUGGCUGGCCAAUUCUAUGGCAAAGCGGCAGACAUUUGGGCUAUGGGCAUCACUCUUUACGUUCUCAUCUACGGCAUUCUUCCUUUUAGUGACACCAACGUAUUGGCGCUUUACGAAUCGAUUCGAAACCGAGAAUUAUGUUUUCCAUCAGGUGUACAAGAUUCAACAUCUGCGUUACUCAAGGACUUGCUAGCUCGCAUGCUUUGCAAAGACCCAAGCCAACGUAUUACACUUGCAGAAAUGAAAGAACAUGCGUGGGUUAUUGCGGAUUCUCCCCAAUCAUUCCGAAAAGAGAACCGGGCAAAUGAAAUUGAUCAAAGUUUUGUUGAUGAACUUUUACCUGUGGUAUUUUCCGUCCAGUACUUGGCUUCUCUGAUGAAAACCGUGUUCUUCAAACAUUCAGUUCGCCUACCUUUCCAGGCCAAUUAACACGGGUGUAGUUGGGACGCAGCAAAAGAGCAGCUCUUCCACGUUUGAUUGCUUUCUAUUUCUGUGCAUUCUUAAUCAAAUAGUACCCAUCAUAAGAGCGGAUGAUUUCCUUUCAGGUAAAUGGCAUCGUCGAGUGAUUAUCCAGAAAUACAUUAAGCGAAGCAUUAGAAAUUGUGCAUUUUGGGGGAGGGUUAUCUGUACAAAUUUGAUUUGAAAGCUAACCUACUUUUCUUCAUUGCUGUUAAUUUCAAAACUGUGAUAACAAUGGAAAUUUACAAAAAAAGGCAUUUCUUCCUGUGAUGGGCAUUGAUAUGAGAUCAACAUUUCAGCUCACGACAUAUUGGAAUAAUAAUAGUGAUUAUGCAUGCGUCAAACUGCGUUAGUCGUGUUUUACAGGUACGGCCCUCAUCUCGACACCCAAGUGAAUCAUAUGCAAAAUGGAUUUGCAUAGCUAAUGACAGACUAUCCAACUUUUCGUAUUCGUAUUGUGCACCAGUGCCCUUAAAAAACAAUUUAUGGAUGUGUUUAGCACUUUUACUCUCACUUUUCGUUGCGGAUCACCCUUCACCAGCUAUUCCGGUUGUUCUCAACUUAACUGGAAAAUCCAAGGAAUUCAGAGUUGUCUCCUCGACAUCGUGAAACUUUUUAUUUUUCAAACUUGUUUUCAACAAAACAACCGUUGAACUCGGAAUGUGUUGAUGGCUAGAAAACGGACGAAAUGACUUUGUGAAAACAUGCGCAUUAUCGACAUCAUCCUUAUACGAAAAUAGUAAUUCACUGUUCUUGUUUGCGAGUGUCUUCUGUAAUAACGGCUUUACUUUCAAGGUGAUUUUGUGAAUGAAUAAUAUCUACACUCACAAAUAAUACAACAC